AUGGAUUGGAGGCAAUACUUGACUCUCAAGAGAGAGAAGUUGAGGAAUCAGUUGACGGACAGCGAGAAGACUAAUGAACUCUUCGCCGGCGUUUGCGUUCACAUCAAUGGAGUGACAAAUCCGUCGGAAAUUGAAUUAAAGGAAUUGAUUGUUGGCUUCGGAGGAAUGUAUUUGACUUAUUUUGAUCCGCAACUGACCACUCAUACCAUCGCUUCCAAUCUGGCCUUCGCUACGACCAAGCGUUUGAAGACAUCGCAAAUUGUGGUCAAAGUUGAAUGGAUUUUGGACUCAAUUGAAGCCAAUUGUUUGCAAUCGGUUGACAAUUAUCUUCUCGACAAAACAGAUCCCAAAUUGAUGGACAAUAAGACACGCGAAGAGAAGACAACAGUUUGCCAACCGGUUCUCAAUGAAGACCAUUUCGAUUGGUUGUCGGAAACUGAGCGACAAUUUAUCGAAGACUUGCCGCGAGGUUUACGCGAAGAGGUUUUGGCGGACAUUGAGUUGAGUCGCGAAUUAGAGAAACAAAGAAAUGAUUUCUCGGACGACGAGUUGUAUUCGGAAGAAACGGACGAAACGAGUGACGAAAUGGCAGAUCUCAUGUCAGGCGACGUCACGUGUGCUAACAUUUGCGGCAAAUACAGGACCGAAGAAGUGUUGGAUUUGAUUGCAGAGUGGAUCACGAGUGAGGAAGAGUUGUUGGAGGAAGACGUGGCGUAUAUCACGAAAUACUUCUUGGAUUUGAUCGACGAAAGAAACAUCGAUUUAAACAUGUCUUUUGCGGGCAUUUAUUUCGGACUUUUCGGUCAUUUUUGGUACAAAUUUCUGGACAAACGCUUCCCGGGUUCGCAUAGAAGAGCAGUGCUGAAGAAGUUGCUGUCGGAGAUGGCAAUGGGUCCGCCGCUCGUGUCCGGACUUUUUCUCAUUGUUUCCAAACUGAAAGACAAGAGUUUUGAAGAAUGUUUGAAUGAUUUGAAGACAAACUUUGUUCUCAUUUGUUCCGUCGAAUGGUUGGUCUACAUUCCGCUUCAGUUUCUCAACUUCUCGCUAUUGAGACCACAAUUUCGGUACUUAUUUGUGGCCAUAAUAUCUCUCGGUUACGACGCGUUCCUCUCUUACGUCAUUCACAGAAACGACAGAUCAAAAAGAUUACGAGAAAUAAAAUAGAUUUUAAUACGAAAA